ACAUGAAUAGCAGCACUUUGGGUUUGGACACCGCGAAAGAUGAAUCUUUUGUGGGCUAUAGUGAUUGUGGCCGAACUGAAAUGUCAUACGGGCCAUACUGUAUUCCGAACUCGAUGGCCCACAUAUGUACAGAAAAAACACUAUAAUAUUCCAGUAAAGCCACCCGAUUACUGCAAUGCAGGCAUUUGUCCGGCCAACAAGAGGCAUAUCACCUGCGGCUUCAAAUUUUGGGCUCCGAAAUGCGGUAGGUAUCACGAGGGCGUCAGGAUGAGCGAUUAUCGCUAUGAUAUCGUGAGGAAUGUGAACAGCUUCCGCCGGAAAUUGGAGUGGGGCCUGGGGAAUCUGCCCAGAGCGGUCAAAUUCAAGAACAUCAAGUGGGACGACGAGCUGUCCGUGAUGGCGAUGCGGGUUUCUAAUCAGUGCCUGGAGCACACCUUCUCACCCUGUGUGAAUACGUUUCUCUACAAGGAUGUGGGCGAGUCCUCUGAUUUCGUUAAGGUACAAAACAUUUCCAAGGGCUUCAAUGUGAUCAGCUUCCUGAAUAUGUGGUUCGAUUACCACAAGAUGAUGAAGCCCAGCUAUGUGAACUACUUUCCCAACGUAGCCCCGCAGGACCACCUCAUUAUCUUCGCCAAUCUGAUCUACGAGAAGAACAAGAAGAUGGGCUGCGGAAUGGUCAAGUCGGGGCAGGGGCGCUACCUGACCUGCCUCUUCGAUAAGAAAAUCAAGCCGUACGAGCAGCUCUACACCACUCGGUUGAAAGAUCCAUUUCGCACAAAUCCGAAAAUAAACGAAACAGAAUCCCUCCCAUUGAAUAGUAGUAGCACAGAAGCAAGUGUAACUUUGAGUACAGCGUAUAAAUAG